AGGUAACCAGGCUUUGAUGCUCCCUCAGGAAGUCUGCGUACUCAAGGAGGCCACCCCCGCCGGCUGCUGCUCACAUGGUUUCUGGGCCCCUGGCACUCCGGUGGUGCCCGUGGGCAGGGCACAGGGAGAUGGGGCCAGACAUGGAGCUGCCCAGCCAUUCAAAACAGCUCCUGCUGCAGCUGAACCAGCAGAGGACCAAGGGCUUCCUGUGUGAUGUCAUCAUCAUGGUGGAGAAUUCUAUCUUCCGGGCCCACAAGAACGUCCUGGCUGCUAGCAGCAUCUACUUCAAGUCCCUGGUCCUGCAUGAUAACCUCAUCAACCUAGACACAGACAUGGUCAGUUCCACCGUGUUCCAGCAGAUACUGGACUUCAUCUACACGGGCAAGCUGCUGCCCAGUGACCAGCCAUCUGAGCCCAACUUCAGCACUCUCCUCACUGCCGCCAGCUACCUCCAGCUGCCUGAGUUGGCAGCCCUCUGCCGCCGCAAACUGAAGCGAGCUGGCAAGCCCUUUGGCCCUGGACGAGUAGGUGCUGCUGGCGUGGGGCGACCAACCCGUAGUCAGCGGCUGUCCACAGCCUCUGUCAUCCAGGCUCGGUAUCCAGGACUUGUAGAUGGGCGCAAAGGACACCCCGCUCCCCAAGAGCUCCCUCAGGCCAAAGGAUCAGAUGAUGAGCUUUUUCUGGGCAGCUCCACCCAGGAAAGCACACAUGGCCUGGGCCUGGGGGGCUGCCCAGCUGGUGGGGAGGUGGGCCUGGGGGGUUGUAGCAACAGCACCAACGGGAGCAGUGGGGGCUGUGAGCAGGAGCUGGGUCUGGACCUGUCCAAGAAGAGCCCUCCCCUGCCUCCUACAGCCCCUGGCCCCCACCCCACUCCUGAAGACCCAGCCCAGCUGAGUGACAGCCAGCGCGACUCACCUGCACCCACUUCAACCUCCGCCCUGCCUGUUGGCAACAGUGCCUCAUACGCUGAGCUGGGGGCCACUCCUGAGGAGCCCAUGGAUCUGGAAGGGGCUGAGGACAACCCUGUGAGUCUGCUGGAAGGGCAGGGCGGGCAGCCUCGCAAGAGCCUCCGGCAUUCAGCCCGCAAAAAGGAUUGGAACAAAAAGGAACCUGUGGCUGGGUCCCCCUUUGAUCGGAGAGAAACGGCGACUAAGGGUCCUAACCCAGGGGAGGAAGGGGAGGGGCUUGGGGACAGGGUUCCCAAUGGCAUUCUGGCCAGCAGUGUUGGUGGGAGUGGCCCCAGUGGGUCAUAUGGGGAGCCGCCGUACCCCUGCAAGGAGGAGGAGGAGAACGGCAAGGAUGGGAGCGAGGACAGUGGGCAGAGUGGGAGCGAGGGGGGCAGUGGGCACGCUGGUGCCCAGUACGUGUACCGGCAGGAAGGCUAUGAGACGGUGUCCUACGGCGACAACCUCUACGUGUGCAUCCCCUGUGCCAAGGGCUUCCCCAGCUCUGAGCAGCUCAAUGCUCAUGUGGAGACACACACGGAGGAGGAGUUAUUCAUCAAGGAGGAGGGGGCUUAUGAGGCUGGCAGUGGGGGUGCAGAGGAGGAGGCUGAGGACCUGUCAACACCUAGUGCCGCCUAUGCAGCUGAGCCGCGUCCUUUCAAGUGCUCAGUCUGUGAGAAGACCUACAAGGACCCGGCCACACUUCGGCAACACGAGAAGACACACUGGUUGACCCGGCCCUUCCCCUGCAACAUUUGUGGCAAGAUGUUCACACAGCGAGGCACUAUGACGCGCCACAUGCGGAGCCACCUGGGCCUGAAGCCCUUUGCCUGUGACGAGUGUGGCAUGCGCUUCACCCGCCAGUACCGCCUCACAGAGCACAUGCGUGUACACUCAGGUGAGAAGCCUUAUGAGUGCCAGCUCUGUGGGGGCAAGUUCACCCAGCAGCGCAACCUCAUCAGCCACCUGCGCAUGCACACUUCCCCUUCCUAGAAGCCAAAGACCCGAGGGAGCCCUCUGCAGACUUGCCACUUGGGAGCCCACGGAAGGAGGAAGGAGUGAGGAAGUACGGUGGGAGGGAGGGUUGAGCCCCGAAGUCUGCACGAGGCUCCCGGCAGCUCCUCCGGCCCCGCCUCCCCAUACCCAGAGCUUUAAUCAACAGUGUACCAAGGGAAGCCAGGAGAGGAGCUGCCCGGGCCAGCCCUGCGCCCAGCCCUGCGCGCGUGGUGCUGGUGACUAUUCUACCUCCCGUCCCAGCUGGCUCCCAGCUCCCGGAAGGGGCUGCUGAAGAGCCGGUGGGAGUCCAUCAUGUGGGUGUCGGUGGGACUUGGUCCCUUACCUGCAGUCUGGGCUAGAAGCGGCACAGGGCUUCCCUCCCUGGCCAAGAGUGGUGCCUGGAGCAGGCCCUCGGCUGUCAGGGCCCCGACUGUGUGUGCGCGCGCGCGUGUGUCUUUGCGGUGCCGUGUGACUCUGCUGUUGGGAAGCUGGUGUUGGGUGGCAGUUCCUUUCUCUCUGAGCUCGUACUGGGACAGUCAGGGUGACCCCACUGCCUACCUCUCUACAACUAAAGAGCCCUCUGGGCCUGUGUUACUGUUAUUCCUACUGAGCUGUUCCUAUUUCCUUUUUACAGUUUUUAAAAAUUCCUUUUUAAAACCAAAA